ACAGAAACCCUGACGAAGGCGCCACCGUUGCAAUCGCCGGCGGAGAUGGGGAAGAAGAAGAAGAGAAGCCGUGAAGAGACGGAACCGGAGCUUGCUGCGGAGCAAACGAAGAGCCUCGAUGGAGAUUCGAAGAAGAAGAAGACGAAGACGAAGAAUCCCAACGCCGACAAAGAGAUGACCAGGAGCGUAUCCACCGUUAGCAUCGCCCUUCCUGGUUCCAUCAUCGAUAACGCUCAGUCUCUCGAGCUCGCCACACGCUUAGCCGGUCAAAUUGCUCGUGCGGCCACCAUUUUCCGUAUCGACGAGGUAGUGGUAUUUGAAAAUAGGAGGGGUUCGGGCAAUGACUCUGCUGUUAACAAUUCAUCUGGCGGUGAUGAGAGUGGCGCGGCAUUUCUCAUUCGUAUCUUGCAGUAUCUAGAAACGCCGCAAUAUUUGCGGAAAUCUCUUUUUCCCAAGCAUGGUAACCUCAGAUAUGUGGGUAUGCUACCACCUCUUGAUGCUCCACACCAUCUCCGGAAGCAUGAGUGGGCUCCAUUUCGUGAAGGUGUGACGCUGAAAGAAAAGUCUCCGCAUGUUAAAGGGACGAUGGUUGAUGUGGGUUUAAGCCAGAAUGUUGUUGUCGAUCAAGUGCUUGAUCCUGGAGUUAGAGUUACAGUAGCCAUGGGAAGCGAUCGCAAUUUAGAAUCUGAUUUGCCACGCCAGGUUGUCUCGUCUUCUAAGCCAAGGGAAGAAGCAGGGAUGUAUUGGGGAUACAGAGUACGAUAUGCUUCAAAUAUAAGUUCAGUAUUCCAUGAGUGCCCUUUCCAAGGUGGAUAUGAUUAUUUGAUUGGUACAUCAGAGCAUGGUUUAGUAAUCAACUCAUCGGAGCUGAAACUCCCAAGUUUCAGGCACCUAUUGAUUGCAUUUGGUGGACUUGCUGGGCUGGAAGAGUGUACUGAAGCAGAUAAUGAGUAUAAGGGUAAAAACGUACGGGAUGCGUUUAACAUAUACUUGAAUACUUGUCCACAUCAAGGGAGUCGAACCAUACGCACAGAGGAAGCGAUGUUCAUUUCACUGCAGUACUUCCAGGAACCCAUCAACCGAGCUGUCCGAAGAACAUGAAAAAACUUGGAACCGAAUAUUCCCAAUGUACUUUCUCUUGUGUAAUUUCCGUGAACCGCAACCAAAACGAAGAAGAAACGCUUUUUGGAUGGAGAGAUGGUGCUAUAAUUGUUUUGAAUUGAAUCCCAACCAUUGGAUUGAAUAAA